AAUUGUAGUUUAGACUUUAGAGGAGGGAACAUCCGUGGAAGGAGAGAGAACCUGCAUUCUGAGUAAUCUCUGUCCCCUUUUAUAUCUAUUCACGCGAAACCACCAUACUCUUCUCCUCGUCCUUUUCUUACCUUAUCGUCAUCGAUUUGAUUCCGGUCAAAAUGUCACGCAACGAUGAAACAGCGGAGGACGCCAACCCCAGUCGGGGAGAAUCACCGGAGCAGGUGAGGCAGAGGUUCAAAUCCAAGAAAGUGGCUAAAACGAAGGAGAUAUUGUCCAAACAGGCCGAAAAGAUUGCUAAACAAGCAGAAGAACACGAAAGCUUCAUCAACAAGGUGACACAUCUUUUGGGGGUCCUUGGAUUUGGAGGCUUUUGCUUUCUCUUGGGGGCAAGACCCCAAGAUAUUCCUUAUGUAUAUUGUUUGUUUUAUGUCACCUUUGUUCCUCUUCGAUGGAUUUACUACAGAUUCAAGAAAUGGCACUACUAUCUUCUCGAUUUCUGCUACUAUGCCAACACGAUAUUCUUGGUUGACCUUCUUUUAUAUCCAAAGAAUGAAAAGCUUUUCAUGGUUUGCUUCUCAUUUGCUGAGGGGCCACUAGCAUGGGCAAUAAUUAUUUGGCGUUGUAGCUUGGUUUUCAGUUCUGUUGACAAAAUUGUUAGUGUCCUUAUACAUCUUCUACCUGGACUGGUGUUUUUCACCAUUCGAUGGUGGAACCCAGCAACCUUUGAAGCCAUGCAUCCUGAGGGAACUUCUCGAAGAGCUUCAUGGCCUUACGUGGAAGACAAAUCCUACCUAUUCACUUGGCUGUUUGCAGUUCCCUUGGUUGUCUACACUGUCUGGCAAGCUCUUUAUUUUCUUAUUGUCAAUGUCCUACGUGGCCAGAGACUACUAAGAGAUCCAGAAGUCAUGACUUCUUACAGGGAGCUCUCCAAAAAAGCACAAAAAGCAAACAAUGUAUGGUGGCGUUUUAGUGGCUUGCUUGGGGAUCAGAACCGCAUGUGGAUGUACAUUGGAUUCCAAGCCAUCUUUACUGUAGCAACUAUGGCACUCACUGUCCCUAUCUUCCUGUCUUAUAGAUUACAUGUGAUUUUCCAAAUACUCAAGGUCUCUGCCUCUGUAUGGAAUGGAGGGAGCUUCUUGUUAGAUGUGAUGCCUAGACAGGUGAUUUUGAAGGAGAAAAAGAAAUCCAAUGGACAAAUUCACCAAGAUCAAGUCUCAGAUGGGACAGAAAAUUCAAAGAAGACAAGCAACUAUUCUGAGGCACGGGAGUCCUAAUACCUGCAUCUCUUGUAGGAGCUAGAUUGAUAAGAAAAUAGAGUGCUUAGCUAGUGCUUGUGUUACAAAUCGAUGACAUUGAUUGGUUUGAUUAUAUGGUUCUAGCAUGUUUUGGUUGGGAAUGUGAAAAAGCUAUUGAGAAACUGGAAUUUUGAGAAUCAGGUUCAAACUAGGAUGAUUGUAGAUAUUGAACAGGUUGUUUUAUCGAAAGAUAUAUAUAUAUAUAUAUAUAUAGCAAGUUUUCCAUGACAUGAACACAAGUCCU